CCAAAAAAAAAAGGAAAAGAAAGCCAUGGAGUAGUGGCUAAGACGUCGUAAGUGAAGCAAGCAGCUCCUACCUGGAAGGAGGCUUCAUCGAAAUGAAGAAGCAGUCAAACCCUACCUUCCCGAAUCCAUUAUCUGGUUUUCUUCUUCGAUCCUUCAUUACGAUUCAUGCACAGAAAUCUCCAUUGCAACCAAAACCUAAGAUCUCAUUGUCGUUUCUUUGUCUGCAGUUACAUGCUCUCUGGUUUCCCAGAAACCGAACCACUUCAUCUCCUUUUUAAACCCCCUGGAAAACCCCUUCUUCGCCAUUGAACCCACGUAAGCAAAACCCUUCGCUCUGCUCUGUUCUCUUUUCAAUUCCAUGGCUUGGUUCUUGGGAUGUGUCCGGUUCGAUGGCUCGGCCAAGAAGACGACCAGAGUCAAGGACCAUGGAUGUGUUGGUUCGGGUGUGAGGAGUUACAGUUUGGAAGAAAUCGAGACUCUGACAUCGAAUUUUGCUCGGCUGAUCGGCUCGGGUGGAUACAGCAGCGUUUACAUGGCUCGUCUGCCUGGUUCCGACAAGGCGGCCGUCAAGGUUCAUGUCGGAAGCCAUCGCCUCUACCAAGUCUUCAGGUCUGAGCUUGACGUCUUGCUUCGUCUUCAUCAUCCAAACAUUGUCAAGCUCCUCGGUUACUUUGACGAUUCCGAAAACGGCGCUCUGCUUCUCGAAUACAUUCCUCAGGGAAAUCUCCGAGAAAAGCUCCACUGCAGUGGUAAACAAGUGCUGCCAUGGAGAAACCGGACUGCCGUAGCCUAUCAACUAGCUCGAGCCAUAGAACACAUGCACGAAGAAUGCAGCCCGCAGAUCGUGCAUGGCGAUAUCAAGUCCUCGAACAUCUUACUAGACAAACACUUCAACUGCAAGCUCUGCGAUUUCGGGUCAGCCAAAGUCGGGUUUUCCUCGAUGGUGCAGCCUCCUACCAUGUCACUGAGGUCUAGACAAGUGAUGAUGAUUGGUUCUCCCGGGUAUACAGACCCUCAUUACUUGAGAACAGGGAUUGCCUCCAAGAAAAUGGACAUGUAUGGGUUUGGGGUCGUGGUUCUCGAGUUGGUAUCGGGGAAAGAAGCGUUAUGUGCCGAGAAAGGCGUUAUGUUGGUGAAUAAGGCCGGGCCGUUGAUUCACGAGAUUCUUGAUUUGGGUUCGGGAAUCGGAGAAGACAAGGUGAGAGAGUUCUUGGAUCCGAGGUUGUCCAGAGAUCACAGUCUCGACAUUGAAGAGGCUAAGGCAAUGCUCAGCGCGGCUGCCUUAUGCCUCUGCAGUCCGCCUUCUCUGAGACCAUCGGCUUCACAAGUGGUGAAAGAUCUUGUCCAAAAGAUUCCAUCUCUAUCGUUCAUCGGUUGUGGUAAGGAGGUAAAGGAUAUAUAACCAAUGGAUUGAUGCCAUUGAGAUUGUGUUGCAUAUAUACAUCCACACACACGUUCCAGCAAAAGAACAAAUGGUAGAUCAUUGUGAGUUGCAGUCAGGUUUUGUCCGAGCGAGGACAAAGAUUUGGACGUACGUACAUUGAGAUUUCUACAUGUUAGGAAGUGUUUUAAAGGCUGAGUGAAAGCUGUAUAUUUGAUUGUAUAUACUCUGCGUAUGCAGACGAAUACUUGUAUAUCCUCUGUUCAUUUGUGAAAAAACAAAAAGAAAGAGAAUAUAACGUAUACAUUUAGGACAAAAUUCCCACUUGAUUGCUAGA